GGUCCUUGGGGGAGGACCGGACAUGGCGGCGCUGCGUUUGCUGUACCGGGCUGCCCGCACAGGCCCACCAGCCCCCCUGGGCUACCUGCGCCCGCUCAGCAUCACCGUCCCCAGGGACUCCUACAAGUACGUCAACGUCCAGGACCCGGCCAUGGACAUGCGGUCCAUCACCGACCGGGCUGCCCAGACCCUGCUGUGGACGGAACUCUUCCGAGGCCUGGCCAUGACGCUGAGCUACCUUUUCCGGGAGCCGGCCACCAUCAACUAUCCCUUCGAGAAGGGCCCGCUGAGCCCACGCUUCCGUGGGGAGCACGCCCUGCGCCGCUACCCCUCAGGGGAGGAGAGGUGCAUCGCCUGCAAGCUCUGCGAGGCCGUCUGUCCGGCACAGGCGAUCACCAUCGAGGCCGAGCCCCGAGCCGACGGCAGCCGCCGCACCACCCGCUAUGACAUCGACAUGACCAAGUGCAUCUACUGCGGGUUCUGCCAGGAGGCCUGCCCCGUGGACGCCAUCGUGGAGGGUCCCAACUUCGAGUUCUCGACGGAGACGCACGAGGAGCUGCUCUACAACAAGGAGAAGCUGCUCAACAACGGCGACAAGUGGGAGGCUGAGAUCGCGGCUAACAUCCAGGCCGAUUACCUGUACCGGUGACGGCCGGGUGCCGCCACGUCUCCUCCCUGCUCCCCUAAUAAAGGGUCUGGGGGGGGUUCUGCCACCCCUGCCUGCACUGGGGGCACCGACCCCUUCCUAACCCGG